AUGAACCGUGUGGGUGAGGUCGAUGAUGGGAACGAGAAGCUCGGUGGAUUCUACGCAUACAGAAACUCUUUUAAAGAGAACCACGUGUGGGUAGAUGUGCCAAAGAACAGUAUGUGUCCAGCGGCUCUCGUGGCUGGGGUCAAGGCUGACGAAAUAUCGAAAGUUACAUUUCACAAUGUCGUAGACCCUUACAACAUGGAAGCCACGCCUGAGCCGGAAGUAGCACCGAACGUCGAAACUCCUGUUGUUCCGCAGAUGGACCAAGCGACAACCCAUUAUGUCCAUACGAAUUUUGAUGGCGCAGCAGGAUUGGAGGCUCUUUCAGCAGCCGCGACGGGUGCCUUUCCGUUCAUACGCCCACUGCCAGUUGUCGAACAGCCAUCUCCUCAUUCUCUUAACAAUAUCAAUUUUCUAUUGAAUCCCGCGGGGCCGGAUAGUACCAUCAGUGUCCCUACAACUCCGAUCGAUCCUAUUCUAGAUCAACGUGUACUGCGACAGCCUUAUGGCUCACCGGUAGUCGAAACACACGAAAUAGCGUUUUUGUUACGCCACUUUGGUGAGACUACAGGCCAAUGGAUGGACCUUUUUGAUCUGGGGUGCUACUUUGCGCAUCAUGUUCCAGUCCAAGCCAUCAGGAAUCCUCUUGUACGGUAUUCGGCCUGUGCUUACGCUGCGAAGCAGCUUGGGCGCGUCCGAGGGAGGAAAGCAGUAAUUGGCGGGAUUGUCACUCAACAAGCAGAUAUGGAACUGUAUCCUCAUCCAGAAACAGUUGACUGGGCUUACAUUGGAGCCAAAUACUAUGAUCUUGCGAUAUCAUUACUAAUGGAAGAGCUUUUGUCGUCUGGAAACCAAGGAAGUCAAGAAACGCCCCUAAGCCCAGUUACCCCUUUUGAUGAGACAUCAAGCCCUCAAAUAAGUAACGCCUCGGCACGAAGUAAAUCCAGAACGCCAGGCCACAAGAGGCAGCGGCUUUCGAAACCGGUCAUAGUAGCGAACGCCGAUGAGACACUCGGUGCAGCUGCUAUUUUGUGCGUAUAUGAGUUUUUAGACAACGCUAAUACCGCAUGGUCUCGUCAUCUCAGUGGGACAAAAUCUUUGUUUGAUUUCGCCGAGAAAGAAGGAAUGAUGCCUGUAGAAUCGCCAACAAGUCCUGGUGCAUUAUCACAACGGAUAAAACCCUCGCGAGCACGCAGAGCGACUUUCUGGAAUUUUGCACGGCAAGACUUUCUAGCUGCUUUUAUAAACGAGGGUCAUACGAGAUUAAACACUGAAGACCUCGGUCUUUGGAGAGCUGCAGGACUUCUCAUAGACGACGCUGGCUUUGUAGUUCCAAGCAAUACCGAGGACUCGCAUUUCCCAGAGCGGCAAAUUACCAUGCGCGAAGAUAUGAUUUCCAACGCACUCAUCUGGAUAAUGUCGAAAUUAAUCAACUACUUUGCUUCUGGAGAUUCUGUGGACAACGUCUAUCCCCAAGAUCGAGCAAGCCCGAAUGCAUUCAUAGGUAUAAACCAGAUGCUUCUGCUGGAGCGAUGGAGAGAGCUUGAAAAAGAGCUCGAUGUAUGGUAUCAAGGAUUACCAGAUACAUUUAAGCCUUGCGCUCAAUUACCUCCCAUAACAGAUGGAACUGUCCCUCGCGACUCGCCGAGGAAUGUCUUUUCUGAAGUAUGGUACAGCAUACCUAUGUGUGCCUCGACGAUGCAGUCAUAUCAUAUGGCAAGAAUACUUCUCCUGAUCAAUAGGCCUCAUGAAUCGACCGUUCGUCGAACCACACUUACCAGUCGGCUGCAUUCCUAUCGAUCAAUUGACGCUGCUGUUCGCGACCACAGCCACCAGAUUUGUAGCAUUGCACUUGGUCGACCAGAAGGUAGUGUCAGAAUCCAUCAGGUUCAACCACUCUUUGUUGCAGGUCAGUGCAUGCACGAAACACGUGAGCGCCGUGUUAUUCUGGAUCUACUGCGAGGUGUGGAAUAUGACUUGGGAUGGGCGACUGAUUACCGCGUUCAACAGUUAUUGAAAGAGUGGAACUGGUCCGGGGAGCUCAGCUGA